CCGGCGCGGCGGAGCUCAGCCCAGCUCAGCCCAGCCCAGCUCAGCCCAGCCCAGCCCAGCGCCAGAGCCAGAGCCAGAGCGCCGCGUUACCAGGGAGGCGCCUGCUGCGCUACGGGCUCUUCUGCCUGCGUCCAAGGCCCAGGAGGCCCUGCGGCGGCGGGCCCAGGGGAGGCGGGCCCCGCCAUGUGUUCGCCCCACAGAGGCUGCGAAUAACCGUUACACAGUCAAAGUGCCUUUCGGGUUUCUUUUCAUUUCAUGUUUUGUUUGUUUGGCACGUCUGGUCUGCCCGUGUGUCUUAGUAUAGACUCUGUGGGAGAUCGCUUCCUGUCAGACAAGGUUUUGCCAGCUCAUACCGGACAGCUUAACUUUUCCUGUUGAAACUGGGACAUGCGUUCAAGUUUUGUGUCUUAGAGCUGCUUUUUGACAUGGCUUUGGACGUGUGUGGUAGACAGCAUUGUAGGAUCAGUGAUCAAGAAAUUAGUGGGAAAAACUCAACUGCCAAUGCAAAUGACUUCAGUGAUCCUGUUUACAAAGAAAUUGCUAUAACCAAUGGCUGUAUCAACAGAAUGACCAGAGAUGAGCUCAGAAGUAAACUUGCAGAGUUCAAGCUUGAAACCAGAGGAGUAAAAGAUGUGCUGAAAAAGAGACUGAAAAACUAUUACAAGAAACAGAAGCUGAUGCAGAAAGAAGCCAUUAAUGGAGACAGCUACUACGACUACAUCUGUGUUGUUGACUUCGAAGCCACAUGUGAGGAAGGAAACCCGCCUGAAUUCAUACAUGAAAUAAUUGAGUUUCCUAUUGUGUUACUAAACACACAUACCCUGGAAAUAGAGGAUACCUUUCAGCAAUAUGUGAAGCCUGAGAUUAAUCCCAAGCUUUCAAGCUUCUGCAUCAGUCUUACAGGAAUCACCCAGGACAUUGUUGAUAAAGCUGAUACAUUCCCUCAAGUUCUGCAAAACGUCAUAGAGUGGAUGAGACAGCGAGAACUGGGAACAAAGUACACCUAUUCCAUGUUGACAGACGGAUCUUGGGAUAUGAGUAAAUUUUUGAACAUCCAGUGCCGCAGUAGCCGUAUCAAAUACCCUUCUUUUGCCAAAAAGUGGAUCAAUAUUCGCAAAUCGUAUGGGAACUUCUAUAAGGUUCCUAGGAACCAGACCAAGCUGACAAUCAUGCUUGAAAAGCUGGGCAUGAAUUACGAUGGGAGACCUCACAGUGGACUGGAUGACUCUAAAAACAUUGCAAGGAUAGCUAUAAGGAUGCUACAGGAUGGCUGUGAGCUGCGGGUGAAUGAGAGAAUGCAUGCUGGCCAGCUGAUGACAGUCUCCUCCUCGGCCCCCUUAGAGGGAGCCCCUGCUCCACAGAUGCCCCGCUACAGGAACUAGCAGUUCAGGGCUUCUGCCUUGGGAACUGCUCUCCGAGAACCACAAAAGACUGUUCAGAGCCUAUUUAAACGGCCACCUCUGCCAACCUGUCUGCAAUGCAGAAUCUGAAAGCACCUUAACUAAUGGUCUGUGUUGAAAUGGAGUGUGGAAGCGCUUUGCUCUUUGAUGCCUGUGUUACAGCAUUUUUAUUUUUAUAAUAAUCAUUUAUUUUUUGUUCAUGUUCUUUUCAGCUUUUCUAGCAGAAAUGUUGAUACUCAGAAUCCAGGCAAAGUAUUAAGCUUUUAAGAACAUAUAAUUUAAACACAUGCAAAAAUGGCUGGGGCCUUACGUACUGCUGUGGAUAGUAUUUAUUCAGUAUGCCUUUCCUCGUAAGGGUAUCUAGCAUCUGAUUAUUCAUUGCACACAAACAAGACAUUGCUGGAAGAACUGAAAUAGGGAGUGGUUGGGCUGGCCUUUCCUGAUACAGCACUCCUGUAAGUGUUCCUGCUGUUUUGUUGGUUUGGAUUUUUUUUACAAAGUCUAGGUGAAAUGGGAGCAUGUUCAUCAGUUCUAAAGCACUAGAGAAGUACCAUGUUGUUAGGUUGCUGGUUUUGGUUUGUUUUUUCUUCAAGGGAUACAUUUGUCUGUUUCCACAUCCAACAGAAGAGCUGUGUAGAAGCUUCUAGUUCAUAGCUGAAGACAUGCUCAACUAUUUUUGGUACCUUCCCAUACCUCUGCCACCACGAAGCUAUGCCUUAAUCUCAGUCUUUAACAUUGGAAGACGAAUUUUAUUAGUAAAAGCCGCAUGUAAUUAUUAACAAGUUUUGGUUGCUCUUAGUGGGGGAAAAAAAAAGUUAGCUUGGUAUCCCUGUAUUAUAAUUCAUUCUUUCUGUUACUUACAUGCAGGAAACAAAAUAACCAGUUUGUAAUAAAGCUGCUUUGAGAACAUUCACUGCUGGGCUAAUCAAACCCCUCGCCUUGCUCUUCCGACUAUUAAAGCGGGUCAAUGGGAAAUGUCAGUUUUCAGUUGCUUCUUAUGUAGGAAAGAAGCAAUUUUCCCUCCAGAGUCACAACUGCUUUAGAAUGAUGUUCAUUUUUUUCUGACAGUAAACACUUGUAGAGUUUUGUUGAACUUUACCAUUUCCUUUAUUUCCGUAGCAGUACUUGAUGUAUUUUCAGAAGGGUAAAAUCGAAAUCUUUCAUAUGCUUACACUGAAAAUACCAUUGAUUUGUCAGACCAUAUUUUGUACCAGUUGUUAAUUGUGUAUUUGCUUCUCACUAUAGCAACCAUGGUAGCCUCUUUUCUGAGGAACCAGGGUAAUUUCCUUUUUUUCUGUUUUGAAAUGGAGUGUAGCUCAGCAGAUCUCCCUUGGGAUGCCAGCAGUGUCGUAGACUUUGUUACUGGUCUUUUAUUUACAGGUCUGUAACCAGGUCUGCAGUCCAAUGAAAAACAUUUCUUUGUUACAGAUUAUACUACAGGUUUCAUAAGUGAAGGGCUGUUGUAAUUUUACAUCAUUUAUUUUAAGUACAGAGUUGUUUAUUUUUGUUGAAUAACUUCAAAAAGGUAUUUUGAGAUAAGGGUUAAAUAUUAAUAAUUGUCUUCUGUUUUCUGCCUGAAUAGUUUUUUUUUUCAGUGAGUUGCAGAAGUCAGUAGAGUCAUUCCAGAUGCUAUUUUUAAUCUAAGUUGGAUUCAUGUCAAAGUGUAAACCAUAACUGUUUUCACAGAGUGUUUGAUUCUGUGAUUGAGAAGUGAAUUUUAUCAACACUUGUUGGUUUUCAUGAAAUGUAAAGAAACUUAUUAAAAUAAGUUGGUAUUUAUUCACAUGUCAAGUACUGAGUUCACUGAAAGCACGGGAUGACUUCAGCAGUCUUUGGGAUCUUGGCCUCAGCAUGGGCCGUGAUUAGUCUUCUCUGGUGGACUAGGAACAUUGCCAUGGCUAGGUGGCUUAAACCUUAUGAAUGUGACAAUUUCACAACACUCAGUAAAGGGAUAAAUUUUCCUGUUUGCUUUCAUGCUAAAGGGGAAGGAGGUAUUUGAGGGGAAAAAAAUCCAAAAACAUGGUACAGUGAUUUUAGUAGUGACACUUGUGUUCAGCCAAAGAGUGGUUUUUUGGAUUGAUCUUGUUUGUUGAUCCAGAGAAGCUUGCUGAAUGCAUCUCUGCUAUGAUGAAUAUUUCUGUUUAUUAGAGGAGUCAUCCCAUUGUGUAAAAAUUAAUUGACAAGCAUGUAAGCAGUCUUUUCUAUGCGGAAAACAAACAUGCAGACAUCAUCCUGCUGA